AUUGUACGUCUAGCACAGUUAUCCGUCAUUCCAUCAUGUCGACAAUCACGAGAACUCUGCGCAAUUUGCGCAAGAUUGGUAUAAAGGAAUAUGCCCACCAAAUGCAGUACAUGGGCGAUACUGUCGCUGGAACGUACGUCGGUACAGACCGAUGGGGCAACAAAUAUUAUGAGAAUACAGACGAAUUACCCUUGAGGACUCGCUGGGUAGAUUACAAGUCCAAGGAAUUUGAUCCCUCUCAAACCGAUCCAGGCUGGCACGCCUGGAUCGCCUAUAUGGUGGACAAGCCACCUACCCAGGACCCGAUUUUGCAGACCAAUAAGCGCGUGUGGGAAAUCCCUGGGCACCGUGCUAAUAUGACACUCUCGCGGGGUGCAUUCAAAACCUACAAUACGACAAAACCCAAAUACAGCGCGUGGGAGCCGGUAGCCAAGGACCGCGCCUGAUUUACACAUUGUAAAUUCCUAUCGAUGAUUAUGAAUCUAGACAUGUUGUGCAAUGCUUUAUAUUCUCCUGUUUCUGCAUCUUGUUCAUCAGUCCAGCAUAUAUCACGUAUCAAUAUUCAAUUCUUGGGUCUCAACCCCUGUAUACAUCCUAAAUAUGGGCCAGAUCAAAAGUGAUAUGAUUUAUUCAAGGAUUUAGUGCAACCCUGUUAUGCAUGUUGCUUUAUAUUGGCCAUUGUCAACUGAUAACAAGCGGUGAUUGUUACAAUGGGUGGAUUGAUUGCGGGGUGGUGCAUGACGAAUGUUGCCAUGUGCAGCUGGAAGUCUAACGAUGGGAAGCGGAAAAGGAGUGGCACAAAUGAUCGG